UACACAGAUGCAUUCGCCUCCCCGGUUUCAAUCUUUUUUUAUGUUCACGCUUUCCUCAAGGCCCGUGGGUCAGGAGUGGAGCCUUAGUUAUUCUAGCACGCUAGAGGUGUCAAUAGGACCAACAGAGUACGGUCCCGACACGGCUUGCUGUUGCGCGCUCUCCUAGGCCUCAACUCCCUCUCAUCUGUGUGGUCAGUUCAAGGCCAGGAAUCCAAUCUUUUCCGAGCUCGGUAUUUUAUCCACUUGGUGGCGUCCAGUCCCAAGUCCGGCAGUUGAAAUCUGCCCUAAAGAUGGGCUUGCUUGCUUUCUUUUUUUAGAUGAGAGGAUAUUCAGUUAGUAAUGAUCAUUGCAGGUUAGAUAGUCUCGCCCUAGAUCUCACCUAACUUGCAGAAUAUUUUAAAAAUGACCACACCAAACAAGACACCUCCUGGUGCUGACCCUAAGCAGUUGGAAAGGACUGGAACAGUACGGGAAAUUGGGUCACAAGCUGUUUGGUCACUCUCAUCUUGCAAACCAGGAUUUGGAGUGGAUCAGUUACGAGACGACAAUCUAGAAACUUACUGGCAAUCAGAUGGUUCCCAGCCUCAUUUAGUGAACAUCCAGUUCAGAAGAAAAACAACAGUGAAGACAUUAUGUAUUUAUGCAGACUACAAAUCUGAUGAAAGCUAUACUCCAAGCAAGAUCUCAGUCAGAGUAGGAAAUAAUUUUCACAACCUUCAAGAAAUUCGGCCUCAUGUUUUACAUGUGGUAAAUGAAGAAUCAGUGACUCUCAAGACUCAGGAUAAAGGAAUGAGAAUAUUGAAGCAGAAACUGCAAAUAAAAGACAAUGGAUACUUUUUUGUGUCCAUUUCUCCUUCAUAAAGGAAUGAAGAGAAUUCUUCAUACAAGGAUUUGUAGAUAUUUGGGAAUCUUUCCUUUUGUAUUUGAAAUUACAGUUGA